CCGCGCCGCUUCACCGGCGGGCGCUGCGCCUGCGCCGGGCCGCGCGUCACCGACGCACCGUGCGUGGGCACGGCGGUGCGUGCGUCCCCACCCCCCGGCCCGGUAACCGGGGAAGUGGCGGCGGCGGCGGCUGCGCUACAUCGGGGGCAUCAUGAAUUGGAAUAAAGGUGGACCUGGCACGAAGAGAGGCUUUGGCUUUGGUGGCUUUGCCAUAACACCUGGCAAGAAGGAGGAGCCCAAGCUGUCUCAGCAGUCCCACAGCGCCUUCGGCACCGCCGGCUCCUCGGCAGCGUUCGCCAAGUCGGGGCCUCCUCAGCUGCCUUCCUUCUACAAAAUUGGCUCAAAGAGGGCCAAUUUUGAUGAGGAGAACGCGUACUUUGAGGAUGAAGAGGAAGAUUCCAGCAAUGUGGAAUUGCCCUACAUUCCUGCAGAGAAUUCCCCCACUCGGCAGCAGUUCCAUUCCAAAUCAGCAGACUCUGACAGCGAUGAUGAUCCUCUGGAGGCAUUCAUGGCUGAAGUGGAGGAUCAAGCUGCUCGAGACAUGAAGAGACUUGAAGAUAAAGACAAAGAAAAAAAGAACGUUAAGGGUAUUCGAGAUGACAUUGAAGAGGAAGAUGACCAAGAAGCCUAUUUUCGCUACAUGGCAGAGAACCCCACUGCUGGAGUGGUGCAGGAGGAGGAAGAGGAUAACCUGGAGUAUGACAGUGACGGGAAUCCGAUUGCACCAUCCAAAAAAAUCAUUGAUCCUCUUCCACCUAUUGACCAUUCAGAGAUUGAAUAUCCACCAUUUGAGAAAAAUUUCUAUGAUGAGCACGAGGAGAUCACCAGCCUGACCCCGCAGCAGGUGGUGGAGUUACGGCACAAGCUGAACCUCCGGGUCUCCGGGGCUGCUCCUCCAAGGCCUGGCAGUAGUUUUGCUCAUUUUGGGUUUGAUGAGCAACUUAUGCAUCAGAUUAGGAAAUCUGAGUAUACCCAACCCACUCCAAUACAAUGUCAGGGUGUUCCAGUGGCACUAAGUGGCAGAGACAUGAUUGGGAUAGCCAAGACUGGAAGUGGGAAAACAGCUGCCUUCAUCUGGCCAAUGCUGAUCCACAUCAUGGAUCAGAAGGAGCUUGAACCAGGGGAUGGUCCCAUUGCAGUGAUUGUCUGCCCAACCAGGGAGCUCUGCCAGCAGAUCCACUCCGAGUGCAAGCGCUUUGGCAAGGCCUACAACCUGCGCUCCGUGGCCGUGUACGGAGGAGGCAGCAUGUGGGAGCAAGCCAAGGCCCUGCAGGAGGGGGCAGAGAUCGUGGUCUGCACACCAGGUCGUCUGAUUGAUCAUGUGAAGAAGAAAGCUACAAACCUGCAGAGAGUCACUUACCUUGUGUUUGAUGAAGCUGACAGAAUGUUUGAUAUGGGGUUUGAGUACCAGGUCAGAUCAAUCGCAAGCCACGUACGUCCUGACAGACAGACCCUCCUGUUCAGUGCCACGUUCCGUAAGAAGAUUGAGAAAUUGGCUCGGGAUAUUCUGAUUGACCCAAUUCGGGUUGUGCAGGGAGACAUUGGAGAGGCAAAUGAAGAUGUCACUCAGAUUGUGGAGAUUUUCCCCUCGGGGCCCAGCAAGUGGAACUGGCUGACGCGGCGCCUGGUGGAGUUCACGUCCUCCGGCAGCGUCCUCCUCUUCGUCACCAAGAAAGCCAACGCAGAGGAGCUGGCCAAUAACCUCAAGCAGGAGGAUCAUAACCUGGGGCUGCUCCAUGGGGACAUGGAUCAGAGCGAGAGGAACAAAGUCAUUUCGGAAUUUAAGAAAAAGGGCAUCCCCAUCCUGGUAGCUACUGAUGUGGCAGCUCGAGGGUUGGAUAUCCCUUCCAUCAAGACUGUCAUCAACUAUGACGUGGCUCGGGACAUAGACACGCACACGCACCGCAUCGGCCGCACCGGCCGCGCCGGGGAGAAGGGGGUGGCCUACACUCUGCUGACCCCCAAGGACAGCAACUUCGCUGGUGACCUCGUCAGAAACCUGGAGGGUGCCAACCAGCACGUCUCCAAAGAGCUGCUGGAUUUGGCAAUGCAGAACCCGUGGUUCCGGAAAUCCCGUUUUAAAGGAGGGAAGGGCAAGAAGCUGAAUAUUGGUGGUGGUGGCUUGGGAUACCGUGAACGCCCUGGGCUGGGCUCAGAAAAUACAGACCGUGGAAACAACAACAGUGUGAUGAGCAACUAUGAGGCCUACAAGCCAUCCACAGGGGCCAUGGGGGACAGGCUGACAGCAAUGAAAGCAGCUUUCCAGUCCCAGUACAAGAGUCACUUUGUUGCUGCAAGUUUAAAUAACCAAAAGACUGGGAGCUCUGCUGCUGGUGCCAGUGGCUGGACCAGCGCCGGGAGCCUGAACUCCGUCCCGACGAGUUCAGCGCAGCAAAACGCCGCCAGUGCCGAGAGCCCCAUGGCAGCCACCGCGGCGGCGAAGGGAGUGCCCGGCUUCAGCAGCACGGGCAGCCUGAGCAGCGUGCCCUCCUUCCCCAGCCCCGGAGCACAGGGCUUCAACAGCGCCAAUGCCAGCACCAACAGCCGGGAGGGCGGCGGCACUGUCAGGGAACGGUACAACGACAGCCGGAACAGUCGGCACGGAGAGGCCCCGCGGCGCGCCGAGGGCGGCGGUGGUGGCCGAGGAGAGGGUGGUGGUGGCCGAGGAGAGGGUGGUGGUGGCCGAGGAGAGGGUGGUGGUGGCCGAGGGGAGGGCAGCAGUGGUGGCCGAGGGGAGGGUGGCGGUGGUGGCCGAGGGGAGGGCGGUGGCGGUGGCCGAGGGGAGGGCAGCAGUGGUGGCCGAGGAGAGGGUGGUGGUGGUGGCCGAGGGGACGGCGGCGGUAGUGGCCGCUUCAGCGAGGGCCAGCGCUUCAACGAUGGCCAACGCUUCACCGAGGGCCAGCGUUUCAGUGAUGGCCAACGCUUCACCGAUGGCCAACGCUUCAAUGAUGGCCAGCGCUUCAGCGAGGGCCAGCGUUUCAGCGAGGGCCAGCGUUUCAGUGAUGGCCAGCGCUUCAACGAUGGCCAGCGCUUCAACGAUGGCCAACGUUUCAACGAGGGCCAACGCUUUACCGAGGGCCAGCGUUUCAGUGAUGGCCAACGCUUCAACGAGGGCCAACGCUUCAACGAUGGCCAACGUUUCAACGAGGGCCAACGCUUUACUGAGGGCCAGCGUUUCAAUGAUGGCCAACGUUUCAACGAGGGCCAACGCUUCAGCGAAGGUCAGCGUUUCAAUGAUGGCCAACGCUUCAGCGAUGGCCAACGCUUCAAUGAUGGCCAACGCUUCAAUGAUGGCCAACGGUUCACCGAGGGCCAGCGCUCCAACGAUGGCCAACGCUUCAGCGAUGGCCAACGCUUCAAUGAUGGCCAACGCUAUGAUGGCCAACGUUUCAACGAGGGCCAACGCUACAACGAGGGCCAGCGCCACAGCGAAGGCGGUGGCCGGCACAGUGACCCCUCCCGGCACGGCGACGUCCAUCGCCACGGCGAGGGCCGGCACUUCACCGACGUGCCGGGCGGCAACCGCAACAACGGUGACAGCAGGAACAGCACCGAGGGGAGGAACAGCGAGAGCAGGAAUGGAGAGAACAGGAAGGAGGCCAACAGCCGGGACAACAAGACAGAUGGUUUUGCUGUCCCAGAGCCCCCAAAACGGAAGAAGAGCCGGUGGGACAGUUAAAAGCUGGGGGUUCACAGCCUGGAGUCUCUGCAGGUAGUGGUGUUGUUUUCCAGAGGAUUUCUUGGGGUUUUUGGUAACUGGUUGUUGAGCAGCUGGGGCAGGAGAAGGAAACCAUGAGAACCCCCAUGCAAGUUCAUCUGCGGACAGAUUCAUGCACACAACACUUAGUGAAAGAAAUCAUUUUGGUAAAGCUCCCUGGGUUCUGCUUUGAAACUUUCAGUGCUCGAGUGACUCUGCUGGAUUUAAACAGAUCUUCUUGACAAAGAGAAGCUGUUCCACAUCCUUGGAACGUUAAGAAACUGUUGUCCAUAGAAGUAUAAAUUAGUCUUUUCUUAACCAGCGUUCACAUUUACAAACCAGUCCAGUCCACCUAGAGAUGCUCAGGACCUGCCUGUUAGACAUUAAUCUUGCAGCAGUUUGGUCAGUAUGGUGAGUUCUUCCUCCAUCUCCUUUUCACAUAUUCUCCCCAAAUAAUUUGGUCUCCAGGUUCCUCUUUACCUCUCUCCCCAUCAACUAAGAAUGUAUCAAUUUGCUUUGCUGAAGGUGGGGCAGAGCAAGUUGGUUUCAUUUUUUGGUUGUUUUUGGUUUUUGUUUUUUUUUUUUUUUUAAUUUUGCUGUGUGUGGAGCUGUUCAAGGGAUCCUUCUCCAUCCCAGCAAACCACAAAUUCACUUGUAGUGUAGGUUGGACUCCCUGGCUUGUUUGUGGUCAGUACUUUAAUUCCAAUCCCAUUGCCCAGAUAUUUUUUUUAAGAACCUUCUGUUUUCGAAGAUCCUUCAUUCUGGUGGAAGCCUGCAUAGCAAACCUGUGUCUCUGCUGUGCCUAUGCACCCUCUGUUCUGAGAGGGUUGAGUGCUUUCUUCAAAUUAAAAACAAAAAAGGGAAGACAAUGUAGAUAGGCCACAACAAUCAGGGGCUGGAGCCCCCCAGUAAGUGUGGCUAAAGGAAGAACAUGCAGAAAUUCAGGGAUCUGUUGCUCAGAAGCCUUUAGGGAGAACUCAGAAAACAAUUAAUGAAAAGAAACAGCUCAAAUCUGGCCUUGUUUUGGACACAUGUAGUAAAUCUGUAAAAUCUUACUUGCCCAUUUUUAACUCAUUGUGUGUAUUCCCAUUUUUUUAACUUCUUUUUCUUUUUUUUUGCCACAAGGUAGGGAAGAACUUUUCAGUUGGGACAUGUCAGCACCCACCGCUGGCUCGUUUCCACUGGAAGAUGUACCAGAAGCUGUCAGGGUUUUGUGACAUUGUGAUGUUUUCUUUAUCAGCUGUGCAUUUACUUUCUGCUUGCUCUAGUAAAUGUUUUAUUACUGGUACAAAAA